CCCCACCGCCUGCCCCUCUUUACCUGCUUUGGUUUCGGUGAGCAGUGCUGCCAAUGGUACCAUCCUGUUUCCUGGAGGCUGCCCUUCUUUAGACUACCUGCAAGACCGUCCAAAAAGGAGAGGCAUGAGUUCCAGCUUGUACCCGAGCUCAAAAGAAGCUGCUAGAAAAGUUCAGCCAAAAUCACACAUACUAAGCAAGAGUCUGUUAACGUCUAAGUAGGCUCAGCGAUAGCACCAUUUCCCCAGGUCGUUCUUCAUCCUUCAGUAAAUGCACAGUACUGAACAUCUGAAUGUGCAGUCCUGGAUUAGACUUUCAUUUACCCAUUUCUGAGAACACAAUCACUUGGCUCUCACUUUGGACAACAAGCAGUUUUUUUUUCUGGAUAUAAAGUUUUCUCAUUUUAAUUUGUGCAUCGUUUUUUUUUUUUUUUUUUUUUUGCUUUGCAUGCUUAUCUUAUUUUCCCAGUUAAUCCUAAAGAGUAAUCAUUGCUGAUCAUGUCAACACACUAUUAGUGCCUGACUGUUUGGGCUUCCUUGUUAAUCAUUCUUAGUACUCAGGCUUAUUAUCAUACUGACUGGGUAUGAUCUGAACCAAAUUGCCUGGCCGUAAGCUGUAAGUGUUUUUCUAUUGAGUACAUGUUAUCAGAACAUGUACAAUGCACAGUAGGACCUCUGAGAUAUGAAUGCAUUGAUAAUGGACAUUGUUCCAAACUCUGAAAUGGUCUCAACUUAGUAUAUGAUGUGAAAAUGCAUUGUAUAAACAUAUGCUCAUUUCAGAAUUUAUGCAUCUAUGCCAUUAUAUUCAAUAUUCUUAUUUAGUUUUUUUAAGAUGUGAAUUGGGAAACUGACCUGCAGCUCCGCCUCUGGUUGAACACUGUGCCUUGCAGUUGGAGUCUAAGGAAACUGUCCUUUCAUUUACUACUUGUGACAUUUUUCUGUGUAAGAAUAACAUCCCUGUCUCUGGGACACAAGGCCUAAGAAUGGCAUGUUAUAAAAAUGGCAAAGUGAUUAAUAAGGUGGCUAAAAUGAACAAAAAAAUGAAACUAAAUGCAAAUAACUUGAAUUCUACUGGGAAACCAGUCAUUUCCCAUGAAUUUCACAAUUGCAGUUGGCGCAAACUUAAUCUAAAUUUGCCACUUCUGUAUAUAAAUCUCUACUUUUUAAAAAUUCCACCAGUCGCUCAGGACUGAGAGACAAAAGCUGGAUACAAAACCAUUUCGGUACUGCUCACAAAAACAUUGUGAUCCAAAAUGUUCAAAUGGUUGAGUCAGAUUUAUUGGAAAAACUUUUUUUUUUUUUUUUUUUUUUAAACAUGUUAACUUUCAUCUGUUGCAGCUUAUUUGUAUUCUCCACCUCUUAACAUUUGAAGUUAAUUUGGUGUAAUUGCUAUUUAUAUUUGGAUACUGGAAUUGCACAGUAAGAUUAUACAUACAGUGCAGUCUGUAAGUGCUUGGACAGUGAUACAAUUUUUGUAGUUUUGGCUCUGUACUCCAGUUUAUCGGAUUUGAAAUGCAACAAUGAAUAUGAGGCUAAAAUUCAGACUAUCAGCUUCAAUUUGAAGGCAUUUACUUCCAUAUUGGGUGAUCAGUGUAUGAAUAUUUAUACAAAGCCCCCCCCCCCCCCCCCCCCAUUUUAGGGGUUCAAAAGUAAUUGGAUGAAUUAAACAUAUCCGUAAAUAAAGUCAUUGUAUUUAGCACUUGGUUGCCAAUGCUUAGCAUUCGAUUACAGCCUGAAGUCUGAAACCCAUAGACAUCACCAGAUGCUUGAUAUCUUCCCUGGCGAUGCUCUGCCAGGCCAGUACUGCAGCCAUCUUCCGCUUCUCUUUGUUCUUGGGAUGGUUUGCCUUCAGUCUUGUCUUCAGCAAGUUAAAUGCAUGUUCAUUUGGAUUCAAGUAGGGUCGUUCUGUUAUUCUUCUCCUGAGGUUUACCAGUGGUUUGCAUCUUGGUGUCGCUUCACUUUAUGGUGGUCUUUGAAACAUCUAUGCCUACAUCCUGGAGAGUGUUCUUGAUCUGUUCAGCAGUUGAAAAGGGUACUUUUUCGGUCAUCCACUACAGUGAUCUACCAGGUUGUUUUCUAUUGCUGGGCUCACUAAAGCCUUUUUGCUUCUUAACAAUGGCUAUGUCUGUGAUCAGUUUAUUUUGAUUUUUCAGCCUUUACUGGCAUUGACACUUCUUUGGUUCUCAUCUUGAGAAACAAUAGCAACAGACUCCAAAUGCAAAUCCCACACCUAGAAUCGACUACAGAUGUUUUGUUAGCUUUCUUGUGCAUGAAACAAUGAUGCAAUGAGAGACAGCAGGCCGCUGGGCAGCUAAUUGUCCAAUUACUUUUUGCCCUCAUAUUCAUUGUUUCAUUUCAAACUUCAGUGUGCUGGAGUACAGAGCCAAAACAACAAAAAUUGUGUCACUGUACAAAUACUUACAGACUGCAGUGUAUGUAUAUCUGCAUGCACAUACCAAAGUCAAUUAAGAUUUAAAAAAAAAAAAACCAAACACAUUUUUGCAAGUGUUGGUAAUUAUUUGUAUAUAAUUUAUGCUCAACAUUCAACUGAUGGAUUAAACUAGCAACAGCCUUUACAAAAUCAAUUCUUACACAUUUUGGUAUUGACUUGGAAAGAAAACAUCACAACAAAUUUAGAGUGAAAACCCCACAAUCUUCACAGAUUUGAUUUGUACAAAUAUUAAAAUUCAAAAUGCAAUUCACUUUAGUUUUUCUACUCUGCCCCUUAUUAAAGUGCCCAGGUUUAGAGUGAGUUUCAGUAGAACCAGAAGUCCGUUGCCUUUGGACAUCAGUACCUAACUGCAGCCAAUUGCAUCCCUCUGACGAGGCGGGACAUGCUGGCUGUAGCUGAAGGAAGGAAGUUCCCUCUGAAGCAGGGAGUGUCUGCAUAUAAAAUGGUCUGCAGUUCUCUGCUUCAUAGGUCAGAAGCUUGUUUAUUUUGUUUCUGUGGCUACGCUCAGUCCCAACCAAAUUAUCUGAACCUGUAACGAAAAAGCUCCAAUUGGCAUGCAUCAUUUGACACAUAAUUUUCAUUAGUUCCAAACAAUUAUUUAGGAUCGACUGUUUUGUUGUACAUAUUCAUAUCGAUAAAUAUACAUGGUACUCUGUUUGUUCUGCCUCAGUUAUUGUAUCAGUAUUUUUCAUUCAUAUAUUUUAAAUUUAAUACAAAUAUAUGUGAAUUUUUCAUUCAUGCAUAUUUUUAAAUCCGUACAACAAAACCUAAUGUUCUGAUUUGGGAAACAUUUGGCAUAUCAUUUUCAACUGAGGCCAGUUUAUUUCCCAAAAUUACAAAUUUCAGACACAAAAUCUUAUUUUUAUUCUACACUAAAAUAUGAAAUAAUGAACAGACAGACAAGCAUGCACACAUACACGUGCACAGAACGUGCACACACACAGAUUAUGAUGCUACAUAAAACAAAACAAAAAAACUGAUUUGAAAUUGGGAGUCUUUAAAAAAAAAGAAAGAAAGAAAAAAAAAAGGACAAAAAACCCAAAUGCAAUCAUCCCCAAAUUUCGCUGCUUGACUGGGACUGCUAGCCAACACUGAUGGAGAAGCCCUUAUUCACUGUCCAAUUGUACACACUGCAGAUGCCAGCUCCACAUCCUCUUCUAUGCCCAUGGGAGGUCCUCGCUCUGCUUUUCCUGCCUCUUCCAGCCCCACCAUGCACUCCUCUACCUCAGUGACCGACCAGGCCUCUGCUCACAGCGGCUGCACUCCAGGUCCGGGGGUAAGUAGCCGAGGGGUGGCGGAGAUGCUGGUCCUGGAGGGCCAGCUGUCGGUAGCCGAAGCUGGCACCAGCAGCAGCGGUGGCAGCGUCCGGGCUGGAGGCAACGGGGGUGGGGCAGGGGCUCAGCCGCCCCAGCAGCAGCAGCAGCAGCAGCAGCAGCAGCAGCAGCAGCAGCACCAGACGACCCCCUCCAAGCGCCGGACGGUCCUCAACAUCUCGCCGCCCCCGGAGGACCUGCUGGACGACAGCCGCAUGUCGUGCCAGGAGGACCCCCUCCAGGACUCGGAGCAGAGCAGCAGCAUCUGGAUGGACGACUCGACCUCCAACUUCAGCUUCAUGAGCUCCAGCUCCUACAACGACAACACCGAGGUGCCCCGCAAGUCUCGCAAGCGCACCCCGCGCCAGCGCCCGGGGCCCAAGCCCAUCUCCGCCCAGGACGCCAGCAUGGACGUGUUCGACGCCGACAGCGCCAAGGGGCCGCAUUUCGUCCUCUCCCAGCUGGGCCCGGACACCAAGAACUGUCCCAAAGGAAGCGGUUCCGAGAGCCCCCAGACGCCCAUCCAGAAGGGCGGCACCCUCUCCGGUCAGUUCCCCGUGAAGGCCGAGGGCAAGGAGCUGAAAAUCCUGGUCCAGCCCGAGACCCAGCACCGAGCCCGCUACCUGACCGAGGGCAGCCGGGGCUCGGUGAAGGACCGCACGCAGCAGAGCUUCCCCACCGUGAAGUUGGAGGGCUUCAAUGAGCCAGUGGUCCUGCAGGUGUUUGUAGGCAAUGACACAGGCCGAGUGAAGCCACACGGGUUCUACCAAGCCUGCAGGGUGACAGGCCGCAACACCACCGCGUGCAAGGAGGUGGACAUCGAAGGCACCACGGUCAUCGAAGUAUGCCUGGACCCCAGCAACAGCAUGACCCUAGCGGUGGACUGCGUGGGGGUCCUGAAGCUCCGCAACGCAGACGUGGAGGCUCGCAUCGGCGUGGUCGGCUCCAAAAAGAAGAGCACGCGGGCCAGGCUGGUGUUCCGGGUCAACAUCCCUCGCCCCGACGGCUCAGUUCUCACGUUACAGACCCCCUCGUCCCCCAUCCUUUGCACCCAGCCUGCAGGAGCUCCAGAGAUCCUGAAGAAGAGCCUGCACACCUGCACAGUGAAGGGAGGCGAGGAGGUCUUCCUGAUCGGCAAGAACUUCCUCAAGGGAACCAAAGUCAUAUUCCAGGAGAAUUCAGCAGAUGAGAACUCCUGGAAGGCUGAGGCUGAGAUUGACAUGGAGUUGUUUCAUCAGAAUCAUUUGAUAGUGAAAGUCCCUCCGUAUCAGAACCAGGCCAUCUCAUCUCCCGUAUCUGUGGGGAUCUACGUGGUGACUAAUGCAGGGAGGUCCCACGAUGUGCAGGCUUUCACAUAUACACCAGACCCAGCAGCGAAUGCGGUGGAUGUGCCUGUGAAGAAAGAGGCUCCAUCUCCGGCAAAUCCCUGCUCGUUUGAAGAUCAGAUAAAGGUGAUAAGUGGCGGCUGUAGCUUGGACAGUGCCUUGAUGGCCCCAUUGAUGCCUCUUAUCAAGAGGGAAGACGUCACCCCAAUGGAGGUUUCCAGUAAUACCUCUGCUGCCGGUGUCUUCAAGCAGACCUCAGAUGGCAUCGGGUCGGCCCAGCAGUCCCUGGCCAUGAGCUCUAGUGUCCCGCCUAACAGCAUGCCCUUCCCCAGCACGAUGCCUCUCCAGCCAGGGGAGCCAGAACAGCCGCAAGCUCCCGUCUUCACCAACGCCGAGUCCUUGAGCACCAUACAGAAGCAGGACAUUGCACCUAACACCUCCUUCUCUGUGCCUGGUGACUCCCUGCUCCAGCAGGUACCCCAGCAGUUCCUCAUGGAGCCUAGAGAAAGCCUGCCUCAGGAGAGACCCGGAGGCAGCGCUGGGGUGGGGGUGGGCCUGGCUCCGAUGGUGGAGGCCCAGCAGCGGCAGGCCCAGCAGCUCCCAAUCUUCCCGCAGGAUGGGGUGGCCCAGCUGGAGAGGGCUGUGCGGGAGCUUCAGGCCGGGGGCUUCUCCAGCGCGGGCUCUGGAAACGACAGCCUGGUCCAGCAGGUGCUGGAGGCAGCCGCGCAACAGCAACUCAACUCGGUGCUGUACAGCACCACUGACGAGCUCAUGCAGCAGCAGGUCCAGGAGAACAUGAACAGCCUGCAGCUGCAGCCGACUGAGAGCUCCCUUGCCAAGCAGCAGCAGCAGCAGCAACAGCAGCAGCAGCAGCAGCAGCAGCAGCAGCAGCAACAGCAACAGCAACAGCAACAACAACAACAACAGCAACAAGUUCUGGAGAACCUGCAGCAGCAGCUCCAGUCGGAGCUCUUCCAGCCUACGUUACCCAUGCAGUGCGGCCUCUUCCAGGGCGGCUCUCGAAGUGAGGCCCCCGAGAAGCAGGGCUCCCCACAGGCCAUGGUGCAGACCCACGCCUCCCUCUUUCAGCCGUCCGAAGGCCUGCUCUGCCCCGCCUCCCAGCAGCAGCAGCAGCCGCAGCAACAGCAGUCGCUCUUCCAGCAAGCGGGGGAGCUCCUCUCCAUACAGACCUCCAACUUCCUCCAGCAGCCUCCCUCUCACCCUUCCCCUCCCCAGCAGCUGUUCCACACCCCCAGCCCGAUGGGCGAGGCGCAGGACUCGCAGGGGACUAUGUUCCACACUCAGAAGACCUCCGCCACACGGGAGCAGGUGCAGGCGGCCAUUUUCCAGAACACCCUGUCUGUGCUGACGGGCUCCACGCUGUCUCCCGAGCAGCAGUCCGGCGCCUCCGGGCUGUUCCUCUCUCCCAACACGCUGCCCGCUCAGCUCACCGUAGACAGCAGCCAGCAGCAGCAGCAGCAACAACAACAGCAACAACAACAACAACAGCAGCAGCAGCAGCAGCAGCAGCAGCAGUUGGCUUUCCUCACAUCCCUGCAGACUUCAGCCGCAGAGCCCCAGUCGGUAUUCCAGCCCCAACCCCAGCUGCAGCAGAGCACCCCUAUGGAGCAGCAGCAGUCAUCUCAGCCUCCACCACCUCAACAGCCACCGCAACCACAAGGCUCCCUGUUCCAGAGCCUCUCUUCCCACCCCACUGCCAGCACGCACACUCCGAGCCAGCAGCAGCAGCAGCAGCAGCAGCAGCAGCAGCAGCAACAGCAGCAGCAGCAGCAGCAGGCCAACCUACUGUUCUGCAGCAGUGCCAUGAACCCCCAGGAUCAGCCCCCCAGUAUUCUCUUCAGCAGCCAAGGCCAGAUGCCCCCCAUGAGCAGCGGCAGUCUUCCUUCCCAGACGCCCCAGAACCCCGCUCUCCUUUUCUCCCAGGCCACCGCGGUGGCGGUCACCCAGCAGGAGCAGUCGGAGCCCAUGUCCUUCCAGGACCAGAGUUCAGUGACGGGGAAUCCUCCGGCGAGCGAGCCCCCCCAGCAGGGCCUGUUCCAGGAUCAGCAGCCCAUGCAGCUCGCCCCCAGCUCCAGCAGCGCCCCCGAGCAGUCCGUCACCAUCUUCAUGACCCAGCCCAACAUUUCGGCCCUGCAGGGUGGCAUGGGCACCCAGGACCUCCCACAGUCCACCAUGUUUGCCACGCAGAAUGGGGUGGCUGGCCUACAGACCACGACCUCCUCCCCUGUGCAGCAGCCGGGGUCUCUCUUCCAGACGGCAGUGAGCGGGACCAUGACCCAGCCGGGCCAAACACAGCAGCCUGGCCUCUUCCUCUUUGGAAUCCAGAACGAGUGUGGCCCGCUGAUAAACUCCCCUGGGCCGAUGCUGUCCGAUCAGCUCAUCGCCAUCAGCCAGUCGGGCCAGAACCAGCGCGACAGUGAUGCCCAGAUACAGUCCCUGCUCAACCAGUCCAUGUCCGAGUCCGGAGGCAUCCAGAACAGCAUGACCGCAUCGCAGAAGAUCGACGACCUGCUGGUCAGCCUUCAGGGGCAAGGCAACAAUCACUCGCGCUCCUAUUAGUAUGGCUGUGGGACGCAGGACCUAAGGCCCGGUCACGGCGGGGAGGUUGAAGAGGUACAGAAGAACCGGGGAAGGUCCUGUGCCCACAAGCCCCAUCAAGCAGCUCACAACUGUAAAAUUCAUUCCUCGUGUAAGAGUGGCACAGGGGGGCAGUGCCAGCCUUCUGCCAGUCCUGGGGUGGAGCGUGGAGAAAGAGAAACCCUACAUGCGAUCCGAUUCAUUGUUGUGUAGCUGUCCGCCGUUUGGCUAUAGCUGUGAAUGAAACAUAUCACGUGGUGGAAUGUCUGUUAAACACGUCAGUUCUCAGUGCAGCACUCUGCAGUUUUUAGUGGUGUUGCAGCAGUCAAAUACACGGGAGUCCUGAAUUGUGCAGGACCGCUCUGUGUGUAUUCGUAACCGUUUAUAAAGCAUUGUUCUUUUUAAAAAAUAAAACUCUUUGGGGUAAGAAAAGAAAAUAUACAAAUCAAAAGAAGCCUUUGAUAUUUUUCACCUUAUACAUUCAGCACUUUAUAACCCUUUCCUUUGUGACCAGUUACUCCUUAUAUUGACCUAUAGCUUUCUGUGUAUACUCUGUAGUCAGCAAUUUGUUCUUUUUACUAAUUAUUUGGAAGCGUUGAUUGUUAUAUGGAUAUUUUACUCAUGUGUAAUGUAUAUAUUUAUACUAUUUUCUUACUCAUGCAUGUUUUUGAGUCGUGGCUUACAUUUUAUAAAGUUGGAUUCAUGACAUAAAGUACAAAAAAUUAACUCCCUGCUCUACCCCAUUCUUUCCCAAAACUUAAUAAUUAUUACACCAUUAAUUUCUUUCUUGCCCUGGCUCCCCAAUGAUUCAAAAGGAGAUGAAGUCAAGGGAUUAAAUGAUUGAGGAGGAAAAAGCAGACCCAUAUUUAGGUCAUUAAUUUCCAUCAGAAAUGUACAGCAUUCUUUUUAGUGUGAAAGUGCAUUUUUUGUCUGUAUGUGAAUACAGACAUGCAUAUUCAUAACCGUAUGUGUAACGAUAUACGUAACUUUUGUGUGUGUGUAAUGGAAUAAAUUAUUUCCUAAUGUUAUUUGUACUGUUUAAGUACAACUUGUACAUAGUUUGUUUGUAGUCACAUCUCUGUGGUAGAUGUUGUGAUCUUAUGAUGUUCUUUAAAUGUCUGCCACAUUUGUGCUGGGCACAUGAAUUGGUAUCAGAUCAGAAAGCUUUCCAGCCCCUUGUGUUACCAGUGGGACAUUCAGAAGACAGCCUAGUUUCCUAAAGGCAAUGUUGCAUUCCUUGCCUCUUUGAUUUUUACAUUGUUAUCAGUCUUUCUUGCUCUGCUUCGUGGUGCUAACUGCAGGAGGGAUGGAGACGUGUGUGUUUCAGACAUUCAAGUUCAUAUUUUAAUUAAUAUUCUUAUAUUGGUUAAAUAAAAAUCCCUAAUACUAACUCCUUCUACCAUGGGUCAAUAAAGGAGACUGAUCGUCUUUGGGGUCUGAGGCCAUGUCUCUAGGAUCAUAACUCUUUUUAGUUAUGAUCUAAAAACAGUCAGUUUGCAGUGCAAAUUACAAAUGGAUAUAGUAAGUGGAUGUCAGUUGGUGGUUGUUGGUUGAGGCUUGCAUUUUUUGGAGAGGGAAAAGUAGUAAAGAUUAUCUGUGCUCUUUUGCUUUGUUUUGCGUAAGUAACUGUAAUUCUCAAUGUCAAAUGGAGAGUGAAGCUUUGCUCUGCUAGAGAGUUGAUAGUACCUGACUGGAAAGGAGGCAGAACUGGUUGUGCUGUUUAUAGAAAGUGUGCUGUUGAGUGUUCACUAAACCAAGGGGCUUGUCUCUAUAUUUGCAACCAGAGGAAUAGCUCAGUGAAGCCUAUUUUGGAUGUUUUUGUGGUGUUUUCUGUCACCAUUUUUGUUACUCUUUUUUAAAAAACUUAUAUUAUUAUCAUUACCUUUAUUAAUUUAGCAAACAACCGUUGUUGAUGGACAGUGUAUGUUUGACCUCUGGGCUGGUGAAGGUGAUUGGAGAGGGCCAUAUAGUCCUCUAUUGUCCUGACCUCAGUGUUCAAACAGUGUUCUUUCAGUUGUUUAAAGGGACCUAGCGCAGAAGGAUGAGCCACAAACAUACACUGGAGAAAAGAGCUGUCUAUUUAGCCACCUUCAACUCAAAUACUGAUGCUUUUUCCGUAUGUCACGGUUAUGUGUGUGUGUGUGUUUUUUUGUGAUAUUUUAGAGUAAUUGUACUAUCAUUUUUUUACUGGUUUAGUUUUUAGACAAUUUCCCAUCUCCAUUAAUCAUAUCUAAUUUAUGUUUAAAACAUUAGCAUUGUAUGCCUAACCUUCAUGCUGUAUAGUUUACCGGUUGUUCAUGGUUGGUUUUCAGUACUCUGCUGUUCUGGUCUCUUUUUUUCACAAUUGCUUCUUUCUUCCCUGCUGAACCUGUACUUGGGUGUGGUGUUAACAUGUGAAAUGUCAGCAUGUUUAGCACAUUUUCUCUUUGUAGAUUAAACGGCAAAGUAGACAAAUUCCACUUUAUUUGGAAACUUAAGAGUUAAAUGUACCAUGUACAAAAUUAUAUAGACACAGAUGUUGUAGUUUCUCCAUUUAAUAUACUGUUGUUCAAAUGCCUGGCUAAAAUCAGUUGUACGGUAUUUUGUCCAAAGCUGACAGUAACAGUCCUGAGAUUGAUGUUUUAAUCAAGACUGACCCUCUACUGUCACAUCUUGAAUUAUUAAAUCAUCAUCUAAACUAAAAAAAAGCACAGAAGGUUCAAGGACAGUAAUGCCAAACACAAAGCCAUAUAAACAGGAAAAAAAUAAUCCAACAACUCUGAUUUCAGAGUGUAAUUUAGAAGAAAAAAAGUGUACAUUACCUCAUGCAGUGUGAGUAGCAUUGUGGCUACUACAUCUGACAUCGGACCAAUUGAACUGAUAUUGACAUUCUUUAUAUUUAUAUAUUUUUGGCAGCAGCUAAAUGAAGUCUUUUUGAUGUGUCAUAAAUACCCAACUCUUUGUUAAACAUCAUAUUAAGUAAUUAUAUUUCUAAAUUGUCACUUGAUAAAAUUGAGUUGUGCUUUUGAGGGGGCCAAUUUAUUCUUUGCUGGGGCACAGAUUUUGUUUUGCCUUCACGGCCACACCAUGUUAAGACUGAUGUAAACAUUAACACAAGUAAAAGUGUUGUGUUCAACUUACACACACACACACACACACGUGUGUACAUAUAUAAUAUAUAUACAAUUAUAUUAUGUCAUCUGGAUCAGAUGCCAACUUUAUUCCAGGGGUAUCUGUCAUUACCGUAUCCUUUUUUCUCUUUCUUUUUUUUUUUUUUUGAAGGAAAUACAUGUGCCUUGACAAAUAUUGUAUUUAUAAUAGGAAUCAGAUUCCUGUACCGUUGCUGCCUAUUUCAAUUCACCAGUGGUACAGUUAGUCAGUGGAUGUCCUUAGUUCAUGAAUGACUAAUAAGCCCUCAGUCUUCUAAACAAAUUAGGUUCUCUUUCUAUCUUUCUCUCUCUUGCUCUCUCUCUCUCUCUCAAAAAUGUCCAAAAAUCUAAUGACCAGAUAAAUGUACUUUUGUAAAUUUUUCAUGCUUAUUUUGUAGUCAACCAUUUGUAAGCAUAUGUGUUGCAAGACUGACUGUAAGUGCAUUUUAAGUCUUGUCUCAAACCGCUAUGAAGCAUGACCCACCUACAUAUCUGUUACCAUUUUUCCCCUGUUUAGUCAUUUGUAAGACUUCACUAUGAGGGAAAGGGAAAAUGAUAGAUAAACGUUAAUGAACGGUAACUUAAAAGGCUUCCUCCAGGGGAGCAGCUGUAUCAUGUUCUGAAAGUGCUAUCUUCACUUUGUGAAGAUGGACUUCUCUGCUUUCUAAACACACCACCAGCAUUCUGUCUUAUUGUUUUUAAACAUCUUUUUAAAAAGUAUUAUCAGUCAGUCAUUUGGUCAAUUGGUUUGCACACUAUUGUCAUUGUGUGUUCCUUUUCCUGUCUGGCUGUUGUUUGAUGUGAAAGCUUGCUUUAUUACCAGUACACGUGCCCUUUAUUUCUGGGCUUCAGUAAUUGACAAAUAGCACUGACGUGGGGUGGGUCGAGGGAGCCUAUGUGUUUUUAGCUACCAUGUGAACAACUUGUUAAAUAUUAAAUUUGAAAUAUAUAUGUAUUUUGCUUUUGUUGGGGCAUUUGUAUAAUCUUGCAAUAUAUUUCUGUAAACUCGCUGCUAUCUAUAUCAAUAAAAAUAGAUUUUAAGUU